AUGUUACAGGUUCACGAUGAAGGGGAAAAAGAAAAUGAUUAUUAUCAUCUACUACUGAAUUCAGUAUCAAAAUCACAUUCACCAAAUACACAGAUACGGAAUAACCAAAUACCAUUGCAAACAAACAAUAGUUAUAACUCAUCAUCUAGAGUAUCAUCACCUAAUAAAUAUAUCCAACAAAAUAAAAUGAGAAAAUUAGCCACUUCGUCAUCAUCAAAAUUCAAAUCAGCACCAACUAAAAACUCACAAACUGACACUUACUCAUUAAGGCAAAUAUAUAAUGAAAAACAAAUGGAUUUAGAAUGUGUAACAACAAACCUAAUAACAAUCAAGAACCAAUUAGAAACUCAAAUCCUUAAUAAUUUCAAUAUUGAAAGUAAAUUUCAGUACAUUAAACAAAAUUUGGAUCAAUUAAAUAGUAAUUUUAAAGAUUUGGAAAAUUUCGAAAAGGACUCGUUAAAUUAUUUAAAUAAGAAAUUUGAAAUAAAUGAUCAAGAAAUGAUUGUAAUUCAUCAAACUAAGUUAAAUCUAAGAAAAGAAGAGAUUUUUAGUGAUAUCGAUAAGAUUUUAAAAGAUAAAGAAAUGAGUUAUAUUAAUAAAAUUGAUGAGAAAGAACAAAUUGUUAAUGACUUGAAACAAAAAUUGAAGUUAUCGGAUCAAGAAAAAGAGCAUAGGCUAUUGGAAAUCAAAAAGGAAUUUCAAGAAAAAUUGAAUACACAAGAAGCAGAGAUUAAUGAUAGUUUAUUUAAGAAGAAGCAGGAACUAGCAAUAUUAACUGAAUCAAUUCAAGAUAUUAAACUUAAAAUUCAUUCAUUACAGAAUAUUGAAAACCCCAAAAGAGAAAAAGAAUCAAUUAGAUGCACCUCAAUAUUAGAUCAAUUGAAACUAAAGAAUAGUGAAAAACAAAGAGAAAUGGAUGAGUUAAAUAAUCUUACAACCCAAAAACGAAAUCAUGUUAUUCAACUAAAUCAAGAAUCCUCGACCAGAACGGAAGAAUUGAUAAGAAUGAAGUUUGAAAUAUCCAGAAUGAAAGAAGAAAUGAUUGAUCAAGAAUUGAAAAGAAGAAUUCUACAUGCAAAAUUACAAGGUUUAAAAGGAAAUAUAAGAGUAUUUUGUCGUAUUAGAUCAGUUCCAGAAAAAUCAAAGUUAACAGACAUUGUAUUAAACGAAGACAACUUAAAUGAUGAAGCGAAACAAGAAUUAAUAAUAUCAAAACCAAAUAAUGGAAUUCAUUCGAUAUCAACUACCAAGAACACUUUUAAAUUUCAAUUUGACAAAAUUUUCUCAAUGCACCAAUCCAACGAGUAUAUCUUCGAAGAAUAUUCUCAGUUAAUUCAAAGUUGUAUUGAUGGAUUAAAUGUAUGUGUAUUUGCAUACGGUCAAACAGGUUCAGGUAAAACUUUCACAAUGUCACACCCUCAAAAUGGUAUGAUCCCCUUGUCAUUAAAUAAGAUCUUCAACUAUAUUAGAGAACUAAAACAACAAGAUCCAAAUUGGGAAUAUUCACUAACUGGUAAAUUUUUGGAAAUUUACAAUGAAAAUAUAAUUGAUUUACUAAAUUCAAACUCACAACUUAAACAUGAGAUAAAACACGAUGAUAUAAACCAUAAAACUAGCAUCACAAACAUCACCACCACCACAUUAUCAUCAAUAGAACAAUCCACCUUUAUAUUACAAAAAGUCAACUCAAAAAGAAGCACAGCAUCAACUAAAUCAAAUGAUGAAUCAUCAAGAUCUCACUCAAUUUUUAUAAUAGAAAUAAAUGGAUUUAACAAUAAAACACAAACACGGACAUCAGGUACUUUAAACUUAAUAGAUUUAGCAGGAUCUGAAAGAAUUUCACAAUCACAAGUAGAAGGAGAUAGAUUAAAAGAAACUCAAUCUAUAAACAAAUCAUUAUCCUCAUUAGGUGAUGUUAUUGCAAGUCUUUCUAAAAAUCAAGGUGGUGAUAAUCAUAUCCCAUUUAGAAACUCAAAAUUAACUUAUUUAUUAAAGCAUAGUCUUUUAGGUAAUUCUAAAACACUAAUGUUUGUGAAUAUUUCUCCAUUAGAACUGAAUUUUAAUGAAACAUUAAAUUCUUUAAGGUUUGCUACAAAAGUUAAUAAUACUAAAUUAAUCUAG